CUCUCAUCCUCCCUCCCCCUGCAGCCCUUUCCAACCCAAUCUCGACACCCAUCUUUCACACAGAUCACCGAGAUGAAGGUUAACAUUAAUUAAGGUGCAUGCUAUGGCUUUCUCAAGGAGCUGUCCCAUCUCUGCGCUUCCAGGUUCUUUCUUUACCCAGCUGGUAUGUUUAGAGACUGCCACGAUCAAGCUUGUGAUCUGGGACACUGCAGGACAGGAGAAGUACCAUGGUGUUUGCCAUCUUUAUUACAGAGGGGCGAAUGCUGCCCUUCUUGUAUUUGACAUAGCCAGAAAGGCAACUUUUGCGAGAGCAAAGCUAUGGUUGAGGGAAUUAGAGAAGGAAUUUCUUCCCGAUGAGCUCGUGAUUGUUUUAGUCGGCAAUAAGAUAGAUCUUGCUGCUCAGCGGGAAUUCACCUUUGAGGAGGCGGAGGAGUUUGCAAAGAGUGAAAGCUUAAUCUACAUGGAAACGUUGGCAAAAUCCAACCACCAAGUGACCGAGGUGCUUAUGGCCAUAGCUCCCGAGUUAUUGAAAUAGGAACAACAGAAGGAACCAGCCCCUCAGCCUCAGCCCUGGAAGAAGUCACGCGUGGACCUGCGAGAGCCAAGCAAUCACACUAAGAAGUGUUGCAUGAACUAAAGGAAAUGGCAGACUGACCUAAGUGUUCGAUUGAAGAACUGUACGAGAGGAGAUAUUGCCCAAUGCAAGGAACCUGAAAAGCGCUGCAAGUCUCCUCUCGCUUGUGUUUGCUCAGUGUUAUCAUUAUACAAGAAUACAGUGCAAAAUAGCUUCACAAAUAAAAACAGCAAAAAGGA